AAUGAAUUAAGACCUUGCUAUCAUGUACUUUCGCUGCAUGAAUUUAAUAAGGUCAAAUCUCACUCUGCAAAUUGAGCCUCUGCCUUUUUCAUUUUCUCAAUUAAUUAUAUACAUAUGCAUUUUCCACAUGACCAAACAAAUGAUGGAUAUAUUAUAUAUAUAUAUAGCCCUUUUGUCUCACCUUCAGUUCAAUCACUAGCUAUAUAAAACACAAGCUACCCUCUCCUUUUCUUUCCCUGCACAAAACAAGUCUUCCCAUUCGUUUCGUAAAAUGGAUGCCCAAAUUAAUCCCGAACCCGUUUUGAAACGGAUCCUGACCCGGAUCCACGCGGGUCACUUCCGAAUCACGCUUUCCCUCGGCUGGCAGGCGCUACUAUGGAAAAUUCUCCUCCACACCCACCAAAAUUCCAGAAUUGUAUUCGGACCCCCGAAACUCUUCAACUCGGCAGUUGUGACCGCGAUGUGGUCGUUCUCGCUGGCCGUCCUCGUCGUCCUCUCGCUCGCCUACGCACUCAGGUGCGCCCUCCGAUUCGACUCGGUCCGAUCCGAGUUCACUCACCGAGUCGGGGUGAACUACCUGUUCGCGCCGUGGAUCUCGUGGAUGCUGGUCGUGGAGUCGGCGCCGUUCGUCACGCCGCGCCACGCCGCCUUCGUCGUCCUCUGGUGGGUGCUGGCGGUGCCCGUGGUGGUUCUAGACGUCAAGGUGUACGGACAGUGGUUCACGACGAGAGGGAAGAGGUUCCUGACGGCGGUGGCGAACCCGACGAGCCAGCUGACGGUGGUCGGCAACCUGGUAGGGGCGCGCGCCGCCGCGAAGAUGGGGUGGGACGAGGCGGCGGUGUUUUUGUUCGGGCUGGGGAUGACGCACUACUUUGUGCUGCUGGUGACGCUGUACCAGAGGAUCGCCGGAGGAGGGGGGGACCGGCUGCCGGCGAUUUUACGGCCGACGUUCUGCUUGUUUUUUGGGGCGCCGAGUGUGGCCAGCGUCGCGUGGUAUUCAAUCGCCGGGAGGUUUGACACGGCGGCGAAGAUGUUGUUUUUUCUCUCGCUCUUUUUCUUCAUGUCUCUCAUAUGCAGGCCAUGUCUUUUCAAGAAAGCGAUGAGAAGGUUCAACGUUGCAUGGUGGGCUUAUUCCUACCCAAUAACGAUGUUGACCCUUGCCUCCAUAAGAUACGAGCAAGAAGUCAAAGGCGGCGUCCCUCGUCUAAUACGGCUGUCCUUGUCCGUACUCUCGGUUGUGGUCCUUUUCGGUCUCCUGUUUUUCACCGGGCUCAACCCUAGAUUGCUUUUGCCCGACGAUGACCCGAUUAUCGGUGCUAAUCCACCUAACAAGUGUGCCGACAAAGUCGAUUCGAAACGAGGCCCGUGUGCUAUCAUACCAUGAUCGUAUAUAUAUUGAAGGCGAACAUAUGUACAUAUAUAAUAUUAUUGUGAAAAUAGUCUUUUUCACCCCCACUAUGAAAAUAUAUUAUGUUUUUCACAUUGUCUCAUAAGUUGAUAAGUUAAAUUUUUUCAACCCCACAAAAUUUGAAGACAUUGUGUGAUGAAUACGCAACAAUUGUGCAAUGACGUUGUGCGAAAGUUAAAUGUACGACGGCAUUUGCACAACUCUUCGCACUUUCUGAGAUGGA